AUGGGGUGUACCGAGUCGAUCGGUACGGCUGUUGCAGGCAUGCGGGGGAACAACGUCCAUAUAGCCAACCUUUCAAAAUCACCACGGUUCAGUUCAGAGCAAAUAUCGGAGCUGAGGAGAACGUGGCCCAAACUUGCUUGCGAUCUAACAGGCAACGGUGCCCAGGUGUUUCUACAAAUAUUUGCCAUCAACGAGAACAUUAAGAUCUUAUUUCCGUUCAGGUAUGUUCCUGUAGAUAUUCUUUCGCAAAACGAAGUAUUCAGAGGGCACUCGAGGCGAUUUAUGCAAGCUGUUGGCGCCUGCGUUGAAAAUCUGGAAAAUCUUGACGGAGAUGUUACGACUUUGUUUGUUGGACUUGGUAAAAAACACAUUCAUUUUGAGGGUUUUAAAGUAGACUAUUUCUCAACAUAUGUAACCAGUAUGCAGACAGUGUGGGAUAUUGCAUUGACAGGCCACCACUAUGACAAACAAACCAAACAAUCAUGGACCCAAAUAUUCGAAUUUGUAAUUACACGAAUGGCAGAGGGAUAUCAUAUUGCGAUGGACGAACAAGAAGCUAAGAAAAAGAACCAACUUGCACAUGAGAACGGGAAAAUCAUCUGA